AUGAUCUUUUCCAGACGACAUCCAGUUACGUUCAUUGGCAAUGCGGUGGAGUACGUGGCGUACAUCCUCGACCGCAACCCAACGAGCGCGAGCGUCAAGCACGCGUCGCUGAUCGAUAUACUGAAGAAGCACGCUCUGUAUCUGCGGGACAUAAUCGCCUGUGACUCUAUCUGCUAG